AUGUCACAAACGGUUGAAAAGAUGCAGUCUAACGGCCACACUCAAAAUGGAGGUUUACCUGGUACUACACAAAGGAGUAUUUUGGAUCCUCAUCUCUCUGUGUUGGAGAUAUUGGAAGGAAAGGAGUUAAAUAAGGUUGAGGGGCCACAUGAGCUUUCUGGGGCAAGUAGAGUAUCGGGAAAGCAGUUUGAAGGGGAAAGAGUGUUACAUCAUAGUAUUUCGGAGUCAUGGCAGUCUAUUAAAAGCACGGAUUACUUGUUUCUUUCACGGGCUAAUGACACCUCGUUGCAGCAGCAGAGCGCCGUUGGGAUUCUAUCCUCUUCUGAUACUUCUGAGGAGGAACAAGACAUCCACCCUUCACCACCCCCUCCUAAUAGUGCGUCUAGUGCUUUUGAUAGCAGGAUUAUAAAUAUUGCAGGACAGGCCUUUUCUGCCACUUUAUCCCACUUGAGAUCUGAGGAUGAAGACGAUGACGGCGAGACAGUGACAGUCAGCCUCCCCAAUACGAUGACAUCACUUGUGAUGCCAAAGCUAUCCCUCUCCGAUCGUAUCAUCGAAUCUAAAGUCCUGAUUGUUGGCCAGCCGGCCAGGAAGUUUUGGUUUAGUAUUCCAAAGAGCUACCAGAAGAUGUUCGAGAUCUGCAGUUUAUCUGUGUUGAGAGAUAAAGAUGUUGAUGAGAAAUAUUCUACCAUUAUGGUGAUUUUCCAUGAUAUGGGUUUGGCGCCGGAGUUAUUGGACAGAAUCUGUAAUAAGGUUGUGCGUCCCAGAAUUAUCCCUAUUUGCCAGAAGGGUCAGAAACAACAUCUCAGUUCUCUUCUAAAACAAUACGUCAGCGGUAACCGCAUCAAAUUAUUCUGCAACCCCAUAGUUAUGUCUAACCACCACGAGAAACAUCGGUUGUUGAAACAUUUGCAUCAGCUCUCAAGUGGUUCCGACUCAGGCUACGAAACAGAAGUUACCGUAGAGCCCGUCAAAAAGCUGCCCAGAAAGGCAAAGAAGAGACCAUCUAAACCGAGUACCUUCCGUGAUUGGGUUGUGUGGACAGCGUCCAUCACAAUUGGCAUUGGUAUCGGAUGCUGCGUGUCUCUAAUGGUAUCAACUAGGUAUGCCUUCCUGGUCCCACGUCAGCUUGCCGUUGACGAUAUAACUUCUUCCCCCUUGUCUCCAGAAGGUACAGACAAAUCCUCGCAUAAUCUUUUUCUACACGCCUACUCCCUGUGCAAGACAUCCCUGAAGAAGUUAGCCUCAUCUCUAAGACCAUUCUUCUCUGACCGGUUAGAGUCUUGCACAUGGAUCCAUACUCUUGGCAUAGAGCUAAGCUAUGACGAUUCCUUGAUAUCUAUGGGUCGUAUCAUGCCCCUAGAUUUUAUUAUGCUAUAA